GGCCGCACAGGGAGGAAAAGCUCUGAACGCCAGUUCAGCCACUCCAGAGGGCUGGGGAGGCGGGCGCUGCGCGUGCGCAGAGGUGUGGUCGGGAAGGUGAGCUGAGGCUGGAGUUGGGAGCGCGGCGCCUGUGAGAACCAUGUGUGCUCAGUACUGCAUCUCCUUUGCUGAUGUUGAGAAAGCUCGUGUCAACAUUCAAGAUUUUGUCCACCUCACACCAGUGCUAACAAGCUUCAUUUUGAAUCAAGUAACAGGGCGCAAUCUUUUCUUCAAAUGUGAACUCUUCCAGAAAACUGGAUCUUUUAAGAUUCGUGGUGCCCUUAAUGCAAUCAAAGGCUUGAUUCCUGCCACCUCAGAAGAGAAGCCCAAAGCUGUGGUUACUCACAGCAGUGGAAACCAUGGCCAGGCUCUUGCUUAUGCUGCCAAAUUGGAAGGGAUUCCUGCUUACAUUGUGGUGCCCCAAACAGCUCCCAACUGUAAAAAAUUGGCAAUACAAGCCUAUGGAGCCUCCAUAGUAUACAGUGAACACAGUGAUGAGUCCAGAGAAAAUGUUACAAGAAGAAUUUUGGAAGAAACAGAAGGCAUCAUGGUACAUCCCAACCAGGAGCCUGCAGUGAUAGCUGGGCAAGGGACGAUUGCCAUGGAAGUGCUAAACCAGAUACCCUUGAUAGAUGCACUGGUGGUUCCUGUAGGAGGAGGAGGAAUGGUUGCUGGAAUAGCAAUUACAGUUAAGGCUCUGAGACCUAGCGUGAAGGUAUAUGCUGCUGAACCCUUGAAUGCAGAUGACUGCUACCAGUCCAAGCUGAAAGGGGAACUGACCCCCAAUCCCUAUCCUCCAGAAACCAUAGCAGAUGGUGUCAAGUCCAGCAUUGGCUUAAACACCUGGCCUAUUAUAAGGGACCUCGUGGAUGAUGUCUUCACGGUCACAGAGGAUGAAAUUAAGUAUGCAACCCAGCUGGUGUGGGAGAGGAUGAAACUGCUUAUUGAACCUACAGCUGGUGUUGGAGUGGCCGCUGUGCUGUCUCAGCAUUUUCAAACAGUUUCCCCAGAAGUGAAGAACAUUUGUAUUGUACUCAGUGGCGGAAAUGUAGACUUAACCUCCCUAACUUGGGUGAAGCAGGCUGAAAGGCCAGCUCCUUAUCAAUCUGUUUCUGUUUAGUUUAUGCAAAAGAGAUGGGAUUCAGUGUCUUGAGAUACUUGGAAAUUUUGUUUCCUGGUUACUUUAACUCCCUAUCUUCCCCUCUUAAACAGCUUUCAAAACCCUA